AUGUCGAGCGGAUACGCUCCUUUGGCCCUCACAGAGGAAGAUGUUAUGAAGCUCUUGGCUACCCAAGCCCAUUUGGGAUCCACCAACCUUAACUUCCAGAUGCAACAAUACGUCUACAAAAGACGUUUUGAUGGUGAGUAAAUUUUUGGGAAUAUUGUCAGUGUUUACGAAGCUGACAUUAUGGUAUAAUGGGUUGUCAAAUUGAAUUUUUCAUAAAUUAUAUUUAGGACCAAACAUCAUCGAUGUUAAGAAAACUUGGGAAAAACUCCUUCUCGCCGCUCGUGCCAUCGCUGCUGUUGAGAACCCAGCUGAUGUUGUCGUUGUCUCGGCCAGACCAUACGCUCAACGCGCUCUUCUCAAGUUCGCCGCUCAUACUGGAGCCACCGCCAUCUUCGGACGUUUCUCCCCAGGAUGUUUGACCAAUCAAAUCCAAAAGACAUUCAAGGAGCCAAGACUCUUGGUCAUCUCUGACCCAAGAAUCGAUCAUCAAGUGAGUUAUUUUUUUCUUUAGAAAAAAUGAAUCCAAAGACAAAUUCAGGCUGUCACCGAAGCUUCAUACGUCGGAGUCCCAGUCAUUUCCUUCGUCAACACCGAGUCUCCAUUGAAACUCAUCGACAUCGGAAUCCCAUGCAACAACAAGGUUCGUUUUCAAUAAUAUUUAAAAUGUAAAUAAAAUAUUUACAGGGAGAACGAUCAGUCGGACUUUUGUGGUGGAUGCUUGCUCGUGAAAUUUUGAUCCUCCGCGGAAAAAUCUCACGUAACACCGGAUUCGUCCUCGACGGAAAGGAAAUCAUGCCGGAUCUCUAUUUCUACCGUGAUCCAAAUGAGACCGAGAAAGAAGAAGCUGGAGCUGCCCCAGAAGUCUCCGAACAAGCCGAAUAUCAACAACCAGAUAUUGACUUCACCCAACAAGUUGGAAAAGUUGACGACUGGGCCGCUGAAACUGCCACAUGGACCGAACAAAAGACCGAGGGAGAUCAAUGGGCUCAACCAACCGACGCCAAAUGGUAA